AGAAGAACGGCGACGAGAGUCGAACACAGUGUCGGCAGAGAAAUCCAAAAACGGCUUGCACAGUCGGGUGAAAGCGUUUUGCUGGGGUGCUUUCUCUCCGCGAGGAAACAACGGCAAACUGGAGGAAAGCGGUACCUCGAACGCGAGCUCUCUCUGUCUCACCCCUCUCUUUCAGUUCGCGGAACGAAACCGCACAAAUGUAUGUAGACAGCUCUUCGCUCUCUUGCCUUGACAACACACUCACACCAUGCUCCCUCAGACCUCGCUCUCUCUCUUGUCCUCCUCCCUCUCUUGUCCUCCUCUCUCGUCGCUGCCUUCCUCGACUCCACGCGUUCUGUUGCGACACAAAGCCUCACACAGACACACUCGCAUUUUACACAGACGAACUUUUUAGCGGUAGCAGCGGUGCACUCAGGAGCGGGAGGACAGAAGAAGGGAGGCGCGGCCUCGGGGGGCGAGAGUCUGCAGGCUUCUGCGGACGCCUGAGUCUCUCUCGCCUCGGCGACAGACGCUCAGAUGCAGGAAGGCCUGCCUACACAAAAAACGGCAGUUCGCGUUUUCAGCUCUCUCCUCUUUGCCGCAGAACGGGCAGGCAAAAGGAAGAAGCGUCAGGGCGCCUCGAGGUCUGGAAAAACGCGAGACCGGGGGCAGCGGUGUGUACAGACCGGUCGAGAAAACAGGCUCAGGAACGAAGGAGAAGCGAAAUCGCUGCACAAAGCAAAUCGACGAACGCGUUGAGUCUUUUUGAGUCCUUCGCGGCACACAGGCAGAUGCUCAGAAUUUCCUGACGAGGGGAGGGUGUGACGGACGAGACUCAGCUGCACAUCGGCCGACCGCAGAGGCUCUCCUCCUCGGUGUCGCCUCCCACUGAGCUGUGCGCUCCCUCUCUUCUGCGUCGUGGCUUGCUUCCCGGCUUUUCGCGCGCGCAGAGAAACGCAGCAAAUUUUUUCAAUUCAUGCGUCGGUCUCUCCCGCGGCUCGAUCGUCUCUUUGCCACACGCUUCGCCUUCUUUCGACAGCCGCAGAAGGAAACUGCAAACCUCGGAAAGCGAGAGCGUGAGACAGGACCGCUCUCGCGCUCCCUGCAGCAUGUGCCUGGACAGUGCAGCUGCCGUUCUCAGGAAAAAUGUGUGAAGUCUAACUAGAGCCGACUUUCCAAAAGAAAGGAACGACUGGGCUCGCACUUUCCGAUGUCUUGCCCGUCCUGUUCGCGGGAGAAGUUCACGCGAAACCUGCUCUCUUUCUCGGCCCGGACAGCGCAUGGACAGUUGGGUCACUGAAACACCCUCUCUAGCGAAGAGGGCCGCGAGGAGAUUUUUCUUUUUUUUCAAUAACCAAAACAACAGAACAAACAGAACCCGUUGGAGGCAGCCGACGACACAAACAAGGCGUUGCGUCCUUUUCUCCGCUUCUGCCUCAGGAGGAGCUCUCGGCCGGACCCCCGGCUUCGCACGAGAAAGAAAAAGGCUGGGGAGUAUUGACACCUCAGCCACCGCGGCGUUUGGGACUGUUUUAAUGAAAAACGAAACCAGUAACCCCGAGAAACAGAUUGCCUCUUUGCGUUUGUCGGGAGCACGCAGAUAAAGGAUUUUUGCGUGAGUUACACUUCUCCCUGGCCAUUCGGGGUGAUUGUUCGUCGGCUGGCCGAAAGAGCGGCAAUUCGCCGCGGCUCGCCGUUCCCCUUUCCCCGUCCAGGGUGGACGUUUGCAGCCCAGAAGUUAUUUUCCAUGAAUUGGAUUCUUCUCCCGGUGUCCGCGAGCUUCCGAGUUCCUCCUCAGAUGCAACUUUACAGCCGGCAGGGAACGCCGACAGUUGGUGUCGCAUCUCGCUGAGAUAUCGGGUGUACGCACACCUCAUUGAGGUGCAGGCCUCUUCGCAUUCGCCGCUUCGGCAGCACGACAUUGGUUGCCUGGAAAGCAACGUUUCUUCUUCUUUUGUCCGUUCUUCGAAGGAACCUUUAACUGCAUCGCCCCGCUCUUCUCCUGUGUGCGGCCGUCGUCUUUUUGCUCUCUGGCCUGCUUUCUCCUCCUUGUCAGCUGUCGGCUGCUUGCAUCACUUUCGUUAUUCCGGACUAUCGUCUCUCUUUUCUGCCUCCUGUCGAGGCGUCUCCCCCCCUCGCAGUCCGCGAGGAUCGCCUCCUCGCGUGGAGGUGCAGUCUCGUUCGUUCGAUUCGAGAGUUUCUCUGAGCCGGGCCGCGGACCCGCUCGCUGGCACGACGCUGCUCUCUGUCUCGUCUCUGUUCUCUCUCGCAUUCGUCGUUUUCCUCUCCUUGUCUCGUUCUUUCCUUGUUUCCUCUGCCCUCCUUUGUCUUCUCAUCCGUCGUGUGGAUCUCUUCCGCGUUUGCAUCUUGCCCCAGCAGUCCAGCCUCUCGCCUCCUUGCAAUGCGUUGGAUCCUCUCUCCCUCAGCUUCUCUCUCUCCCCAUCUUGUCUGUUCGCCGACUCGACUUCGUUUUUUACUCUCCUGCACUCUUCAGAGCCUUCAGCCUCUCCAUGCGUAGUAGUCUCUUCCCUCCCUCUGCGUCCUCCUCGUCCGUUUCUCUCGUCCUCGUCUCCUUUCCCUUUUGCUCGCCAUUCGCCGUUUUCUCCCCUCCUUCGUGUCCACAUGGCCUCAAUGUCGAGCGCAGAAGCCAGCGGGGCGUUGCCUGCAGCUGGGGAGCACGAGCUCCUACAGGAACAGCAGAGAGAAAUUCUUCGGCAGCGGCUUGCAGACCGUCAACGCGAGCUCGAGGCGCGGAGACAGAAACUACGGCAGCUGCAGAACGAACAGAAUGCAGCGCUCGGCCUCUCCGGCGACUUCCAAGGCUCCGCCGCGAUCGCAGGAGAAGUCGGAAAGAAUGUCUCCUCGCUGAUGAACGAAGUGAUGAACAGCUUGCAGAAUCUGCCCAAGCCAGCGACCGGGGCGCCAGGCGACAAGGCCGACGCCGCGGGCACACCCGCCGGAACUGCAUGCGCGGUUGCACCUCUCGUCGGCAAGAAACAUCGGUCGACUACUCGAAACAGAGGAGAGCGAGACAGCGGGAGCGUUGCCUUCAAGGUUCAGCGCCCCCAGAAUGUGGAUCCCACCAUCAAGGCUAAGACUGUCGAGUCCUUUGACAAAUCUGUCCAAGCCGACAUUGUCGUCGAAGAAGAAAAGGAGGAACCGCCUGUGGCAGCUGCAAGCGACGCGCCGGGAGAGACGAAAGCCACCGCGGACGGUGUUGCCACAGCAGAACAAGGAAAGAAGGGUACUGCAACUGCCGCAGCUUCAACUGAGGCGGAGCCUCAAACGGAGCCUCAAACGGUGGAGGAAGCGAAGCCUCUCCCAAAGACCGUGUCCGAGGAGGAGAGGAAACGCAUCAUGCAGAGCCCAGAAUUCGAAAAGUUUUUCGAGCGAACAACGAAAGUUGUGGAGAGACUGCUUGGGCAGGAAGAGCUUCAAGGCAAUCCGUUUGUCGACUACUCUGGCGCGCAGACCAACACAGAUGCACUCGGGGAGAAGCUGCAGCGCGUUGCUGCGUACGCAGUGCCGAGACUGACAGCAGAUCGCCCUGUCCUCGACGUACGCAGUUCGCCACACUUCCCAGACGUUUUCCUGACUUCCUACGGGGCCGCUGAGUUCGGCGCUGAGGUCGACCAAGCCCAGGGAUGCGUCCUUCUGUGGAGUCUUGCGAUGCGCGAGAGACCCGAGUACACUUUCACCUGCCAGUCUCACGUUUGCUGUGCGAUCUUCGACUGCUUCCAGCCGUCCGUGAUCAUUGGAGGCACUUACGCGGGCAGCAUCGUCGUGUGGGAUACUCGCGCACAAUCCAAGCCUGUGCUGCGGACGCCUCUGAGCAGUCUCGGUCAUGCGCAUCCCGUGUACUCGAUCGAACUCGUGGGGACGAAGAAUGCGCACAACCUCGUCUCCGUCGACACCGACGGCCGCCUCUGCGUCUGGUCGCUCCAUAUGCUCGGCGCUCCAACGGAAACGCUGGAUAUGAAACGAGGGAACAAGGAAGUGUGUGUCGAAUGCAUCGCGUUUGCCGAGAACGAAGUGAACUCUCUCGUCCUCGGGACUGAAGACGGCGCCAUGCUGAAGGCGAACAUCCAUGGAAACAAGCCUGGAGUCACCGACGCGUACGACAGCCACAACGGAGCGCUUACGUCUCUCCACUUCCAUCCCGCUGCUGCAGAGCCGGGACAGAGAGAUUACACAGACCUUCUUCUCUCCACUUCUGUCGACUGGACUGUCAAGCUGUGGAGCGCAAAACGGUCCUUUGCGCAGCCUCUAAAAACCUUCGACGACUUCGAGGUGUACAUCUACGACGCAGCCUGGCACCCGACAAAUCCGGCCCUCUUCUCCUGCGUCGACGGCGAAGGUCACAUCGACCUCUGGAACCUCGCGAACGACUGGGAGACUCCCGCCAUUCGCGUCGGCGGAACAGAGCACGGGAUGCCGCCGGUCGCGAAGAACAAAGUCGUUUGGAGCAGUGACGGACGCCGGAUGGUCACUGGAGAUGCGAAGGGCAACGUCGAAGUGUGGGCGCUUGCCAGCGAGCUGCUUCAGCUGCGAGGAGACGAAGCUGCAAAUUUCGAGAGACAAAUCGAAGAGGCGAAACCAGACAACGCGCCCUCUAACGUGGACAUUGCGAACGACAUCUCGAUGGAGUUCACCGAGUAGUUCGUAAUUCUUUUUUCAUUUCCUGUUCACAUACUUUCACCUUCCUGGUCGCCCUCGCGUUUCCCUCCCCUUGCUCGGCCUCCCUUCUCUCCCCUCGGCAAUUCUUUCAAGGCGUAACUUGUAAAUUCAUGCAUACAUGUUUAUAUGAAUAUAGCUACGGAUAAAUCUAUAUAUCUAUAUCUAUAUCUAUAUCUAUAUAUAUAUAUAUAUAUAUAUGCUUGUUUUCGAUAUGCUCUCUGCUUGCUGUCUCCCCUUUUUCUUCCACGUGCACACCAAUCCGCUUCUCCGUCGUCCCUGCAAGCGUCUCGCCUCCGUCUGUUUCGACUCUUCGCGCGUCUUGUCUUCUUCGGCUUUUUGUCUUUUCUUUUCCAUCUCUUCUUGGUAGUUUCGUUUCACGGUUGCUCGUCUCUCUGCUGGGUUCUCGCCUUCCCUGGGGCGCGGCUUCAAGCGUGAUUCUUUUUUCAGAGUCGCAGAAGUGAAAGGGCCGCGAAGUAGAGAAGAGAUGCGCACAGGAAAGAAAAGAGUCUCUCCACUCCACCCCAGACGAUGGAAAGGCCAGAGAGAGAAGAUUUCUCGGUCUAGGGACACAGCUGUCGACAGACGCCUGCCUUGGUGUGCAAACAUAAAACUUUAUACAAUUAUAGAUUUUCACUUUUUCACCCUUUGUUUCUCAGCUUUGUCCUGCUUUUCGCGUCGUUGUUUCGCCGUCUGUGUGGUGGUGGACGCAGGUUCAGAUGAGUUGCGCGUUCCUUUCAUUCUUUUUUGUCGACGCCGUUUCCCUGUUUUUUCUCCGUUCUUUUCAAGCCGUCGGGGGUGCAUGCGCCUUCGCAACUCGAGCUCGCCUCGGUUCGCUACCACGGUUCACUGACUUUGAUAGUCCGUGGAAACCUGCGCUCUCUCGCGCGCAUGCGUCGUCCUCUCUGCCUGCUUGAGAGGGACCGGCCUGUUGCAGCCUUGGCCGUUAUUCCUUUGCUCACUGGCACCUAUGCAUGCGCAGCUCCGUAGCCAGAGUGUGUGUUUAGGUUUACCAGCGGUGGCUACCUGCCCCUGCUCACGUACCUAUGAUGUGAGUGACCAUUUGGAGACGUCCGUCUCUCUCACUCACAUUUCUUCGACGCAGCUUUCGUGAUCUGCAGCGAAGUGCGUUCGACUGCAUGCGUCUCUGCGCAAGAUCUGCGUAGACGCUCAGUGGGAAGAACAGAUUAGUUCGGAAGGAGUGCAGAUCAAGCCCAUUGACAAAAGAGAAAAAGGAAAACUGGAGCUUGUCGUUGCCGGAGAACGCCCGGGGCGUUGUCCAGAAACUUGUCUCGUUUUUGAAACACACUGGCUCGAAUUCACCGACUCUCGAGAGGAGAGGACCGAGACGGAGAGAAGAAAUCCCCAGCUGAAAGCUGUUCGACUUCCCUCACAGACACAGACCAUAUCCAGCCUUGAGGCUCACAGACAACGUUAGGCGCGG